GGCAUGGCCCCGCCCACCGGUUGCCACGUCCGUGCGGCGCGUGCGGCGGGGCCGGCGCGCGCGGGUGUGUUUGCAGCCAUGAUGCCCGUGGCCACCGUGAUGCCCGAUGACACGCCCAUGUUCGACCCCAGGAUCCUGCAGGAACUGGACUGGAGUGAGAACACCACCACCUUUUCUCCUGCCAUUUCUCCACUGGAUCCAGGGGAUGGGCUGGUCCUGAGGCCACUUUGCACAGCUGAUGUAAAUCGAGGCUUUUUUAAGGUUCUGGGUCAGCUGACAGAAACAGGAGUGGUGAGCCCGGAGCAGUUCAUCAAAACCUUUGAGCACAUGAAGAGGUCUGGGGAUUACUACGUGACCGUGGUGGAGGACACCAACCUGGGCCAGAUCGUUGCCACAGCAACGCUGGUUAUAGAGCAUAAAUUCACCCACUCCUGUGCCAAGAGAGGCAGGAUAGAGGAUGUGGUGGUCAGUGGGGAGUGCAGAGGGAAGCAGCUUGGAAAACUAUUAACGUCCACCCUCACCUUGCUAAGUAAGAGACUGAACUGUUACAAAAUCACUCUGGAGUGUCUGCCCAAAAAUGUGGAUUUCUACAAGAAGUUUGGCUACUUGGUAUCUGAUGAGAACUACAUGUUUCAACGGUUCUUUAAUUAACAGUUUCUAGGUGUUCUGGGUUCUUGUUUUUCUUGGAAAGACUGUUGGUGGAGGAGCUUGUGCUGCAAACAUUCUCUCCGUGGAAAAUUUCUAUAGUUUAUUGCUGCAGAUAUAACAAUCCCUAUAAAUAAUGAACAUCAAAUGUGUAAAUCUUGGGGAAAAAAAAAAAAUUACUGAAGUUUUAGAAAGAGUCCUUUGGGUUAGAAAAUAAGUUUAGAACUAAUUUUUACUACUGUUGAGUCGAGGUGAAGCUUUUCUGUUCUAGCUGAGUUACAAAGGACUCUAAAGGGAUGGUUUUUAACCAAAGGUCUAUAUUUUUAUCUCAAAUUUUUUCUUGCAUUGUAUUUUUCUAAAGGUUUGUGCUUCUUUUCUCAGUAGCCAAAGGACAGCCCUGGGACUGUCCUGGCUGUGCUGAUGGAAGGAUGAUGUAGCUGGGGAAGGGAUGAGGCUUCUCUUAUGCAGAAUCAGUGACACAGAACAGGCCUUGGUUCUGGAUUUUUCCAUGACACCUCAUGGAAGUGCUGGUGAAGUUUUCUAGGCUCUGUUUUCCAAGAUUGGAUUUGUUACUGUUGGUGCAGGUUGGGGAGAAUCCUUCCAGGCUGUGCUGAAAAUGGAUGUGUGCUUCUCACUGCAGGGCUCCUGCACUUUAGCUGAUAACUUGGUUUUCAGGAUAAUUACUUUUUUUUUUCUGACAUAAAAACCCCAAAUGUGGUUUGCAACAGGGCAGAGGUAACUGGGGAACUGGAAUGUGUGAAGGAGUAUAUCCCAUAGGGAGUGGGGUUCUGGCUAUAAAUCACUGGGAAGGGGAUGGGGAUGGCAGAUUGAGCCCAGAGCAGCCUCAGAGCCACUUCCAGGGCCUGAAAAGGAAGGAAGGAGAGGGAUUUUUGUAUGGGCAGGACACAGGGAAUGGCUCCCAGUGCCAGAGGGCAGGGCUGGAUGGGAUUUUGGGAAGGAAUUGUUCCCUGGCAGGGUGGGCAGGCCCUGGAUCCCUGGCAGUGCCCAAGGCCAGGCUGGGCAGGGCUUGGAGCAGCCUGGGACAGUGGGAGUUGUCCCUGUUGGAACGAGAUGAAUUUAAGGUCCCUUCCAACCCAAACCACUCUGGGAUUUACUGACCAGCCCUGGAUCUGCAGAGGGCCAGCAGGGAUUUGCACCUGUGGCACAGCAAAGCAGGAGAGAAAUCCUCCCCCUUCUGCUGCUGCUGUGGAGCUUCCCUGGCACUGCAGCACUGGGUCCAUGCUUUGAGCACUUUGGCCAGGGGUGAAAAGCAAAGAACGUGCACAGGGCUGCUGCCAACAGUGGUGCUUUGUGUGGGGAGUGACAAAUGGCACAGCAUGAACGGGGCAUUGUCCCCAGGCUGGGUUGUUUGUGGGCAGCCAGGCCUCGCACACUGUCCUGCUUUGUGCUCUGGAGAGCAGCUCUACAGUGCUGGGGGCUCUGCUUGAUCUUCCUGAGGGUUCUCCACUCCAUCCACUGGCUCCUUGGUGAUGUCUGCUUUAUUUAUUGAUUAUUUUUUUAAAGAAUAUCUUUGUUUAAGCUGAAUAAAUGAUUGCCACCUGUA